AUGACACCGCAUCUGAGAGAGUUGAAGAAGGAGGCCUUGACGUUCUUUCGCAAGUGGCAGGCAUCCAUUUUGCAGCGAGUACGAGACAUCAGCAUCACUGUCCAAGAUCAAUCGCCUACUCAAGGUGCCUUGCAAGGACGGGGACGGGGAGCCCCUGUUGUUCGCGGUCCUGCGAGGGGUGGUCGCGGCGCACGCGGUGGUAGAGCAGGCCGCGGUGCUCUGACUUUGGCCACAGGUCCUCCCCGUCUUCCAUCAAAGCACACCGAUGUGCCUUUUGCCAACCGUUUCCCGCCGAUCCCCAACACGCUUUGGACUCUUCCACAAGAAAGACGCAAGCUAUUCCUGCAUAUCGCGUUUUUGGCCAUCAUAUCGUUGACAGAGUACUCGGCGAAUGCGCAUCUGCUGCUUCUGAACUUGACUUCGUGUCUGAAUUUGCCAGUCAAGAUGUUCCUGGCGGAGGAGGUGAGGCUGGCACAGGCUUUUGCUAGUGCUGCGCUCGACGUAUCGCCUGAAUCUCUACUGAGCCAGAAGCCCGAGGAGAUCAGAGGUUCCCGCAAAUGGAAGGGACCUGAGCCAGGGGCCAGUCUUGCGCCUGCGCUCAUUCAAGCGGGGAUUGGGACAGCUGCCGGAAGCUUUGGCUUGACAACCUGCACCGCUAUCGGGCUACUGGGUCCCAUGGCAGGAAGCGAGAGGCCGUUGUGCAACAUGUUCAGCAUGAACCCAGCCAAGCCCAUUAGCAAGAUGAUAGAGAUCUUCAGCAGAGACAUUCAGGACUUUGCCUUGUUACCGAUGCACGGCGAAGUUCACUCCGAAUAUAUAGACGCACGUAGACCUCCAGCGGUCGAUCGUCGAUUUCGGCUCGUCAUUGCUUUGGGCGGUUGGCUGACCGAAGACGAGGACGUACACGAUCCAUGGAAGUGCCUCGGACAACAAGUCGAAGCCUUUGUUCUUCGAUGGGAGACGACGGCUCUGCUGAACCUGGGAGGCUCGCUUGAAACGGUCAUCAAGAGUAAAGCUUGGAGAGAUGCUAAAGAGGCCAUCAGCACAAAGACCAUCUUCACUAGCAUCAUUGAAUCAUCCUGGCCGAGUCAGCUGCUGAAGAUCAGCAAGAUCAUCGACAACCCGUGGAGUGUGGGCAUGGUCCGCGCCGAGAAGGCUGGCCAAACACUGGCGGAUGCCAUUUCGCGUCACAAAGUCCAAGGCGAGCGGUCUGUGUCGCUCCUAGGAUACGGCGCACCGGUGCCAUCGGAGCCCCGUGUUUGGUUGACGUUGAAAAGCGUCGUGUCGGGUCGUUUGGUCAAUGUGUACUCGGAGCACGAUUACCUUCUCGGUUUCCUGAACCGAUACUCCAACACACAUUUCGGCAUUGCCGGUCUGCAGGAGAUACAGGGCGCCGAUGGCGUCGAGAAUCUCGAUGUUGGAGAGCUCGCCUAUGGCCAUCUGGGGUAUGCCUCGGCCACAGGUCGCAUCUUGAAAGAGAUCGGUUGGGAUGACCUGGACGGUGACAUCGUCAAGAACGAGAAACCAUUUCAGGUCGCGCCAAUUGCCGGAAGGAGAUGA